UAUAAAUAUAUAUAGUUAUAUAUAUAUAUAGAUUUGGUGAGCUGAAAUGGGAUGUUUACUCUAUAACGUGCAUUACUGUCUGUAGAUACAGGUAGGAACAGAGUGUGAGCACAGUCUGACCUGUGAGACGUUUGAGGUCCGACCGGAUGUCUGGUCCUCGGGGUUCUGUGUGGACAGACGGGUCCGUCCAUCGGGCGGCCCAGGGGGGACAGGAGCCCGUCCAGGAACAGGCCCGUCAGAGCUGUGAGGCGUUUGUGGUCUGACUGGAUGUCUGGCCUUAGGGGCUCUGAGUGGACCGGCAGGACCAGACCAACCGGUACAAACAGCUGCCGGGUCCCUCGAAGACCGCGCCCAGUAACCCCCGAGCCUCUCGCGAUAGACAGGGGAGCUCAUGGCAGCUCAGACCGGUUUGCUCUCCUGGCCUCGGGGUUGCAUCGCGUCCCACCUGGCAUGUUUGGCAUGCCGAACUGCCCUGCCACCACCACACCCCCCAGCCUCAUUUUGAGGUAUAAAAGGAGCCGCCGUCCCAGCAGCUCUUCACUCUCCGCUCAGAGCCGCCGACCAGCCGACUCAGCCAUGACCUCCUUCUCCAGCCGCAGCAGCUACAUGUCCUCCCCCAUGAGGAGCUCCACCAUGAUGGCCCCCUCCUUGUACUCCUCCUCCCGCCGGGUCAGCGGCAUGGGGGCCGGCAGCGUAUACGGAGGAGCCGGAGGGUCUGGAGUCCGUGUCUCCCAGGCCUCCUUCGUCUCCUCCGGUGCUGGCGGUGCUGGCGGUGGCUUCAACCUGGCCGCCGCCGCCGCCGACAUGUCCAUCAGCGAGAAGGCCACCAUGCAGAACCUCAACGACCGCCUGGCCACCUACCUGAACAAGGUGCACAGCCUGGAGAAGGCCAACGCCGAGCUGGAACUGAAGAUCAGACUGUUCCUGGACAACAAGACCAGACCUGCGGCCCACGACUUCACCGCAUUCAAUGUCACCAUCAAAGACCUGCAGGACCAGAUCAACUUUGCUGCUCGUGGAAACGCCGCCCUCGUCCUUGCCAUCGACAACGCCCAGCUGGCCAGCGACGACUUCAAAGUCAAGUAUGAGAACGAGCUGGCCAUGCGUCAGUCGGUGGAGGCCGACAUCGCCGGGCUGAAGAGGGUCCUGGAAGAGCUGACCCUGAGCCGGUCCGACCUGGAGAUGCAGCUGACCGGUCUGAAAGACGAGCUGUACCAGCUGAAGAAGAACCACGAGGAGGACCUGCUGGCUAUGAGGGCCCAGAUGGGAGGUCAGGUGAACGUGGAGGUGGACGCCGCACCUCAGGAAGACCUGUCCAGCGUCAUGGCCGGAAUCAGAGAACACUACGAGACCGUCUCCAACAAGAACCGCAGAGACCUGGAUGUCUGGUUCCAGGCCAAGUCGGCCGAGCUGAACAAAGAGGUGGCUGUGAGCACUGAGACCCUGCAGACGUCCAGGUCUGAGAUUUCAGUGGCCAGAAGUUCUCUUCAGACUCUGGAGAUCAAACUGCAGGCUGAGCUCAGCAAGAAAGGAGCUGUGGAGGCGACUCUGGCUGAGACCAGGAGCCGCUACGCUAACAUGCUAGCAGGUUACCAGAGGCAGGUGGAGGCUCUGGAGGAGCAGCUGACCCAGCUGAGGGCCAACCUGGAGAACCAGAAGGUCAUGUACGCCGAACUGCUGGACAUCAAGACCAGACUGGAGAUGGAGAUCGCCGAGUACAGGAGGCUGCUGGACGGAGAGAUCAUCUCCAACUCCACCAAGGUCACCACCAAGGUCACCACCAUCGUGAGGGAAGUGGAUGAAUCUGGAAACGUGAUCAGCAGCAGCAGCAGUUAGACCAGAAUGAACCUGAAUCAACUGUAAACUGUAACCUGAGUCUGUCUGAGCUUCUUCAAUAAACAUGAAAUUGGACAUUG